AUGUGGGCUUCAUGCUGUGGGCUACUGAAUGAAGUCAUGGGGACUGGAGCUGUCAGGGGCCAGCAAUCUGGAUUUGCAGGAGGCACUGGUCCAUUCAGAUUUACACCAAAUUCUGAUUUUUCUGCUUACCCACCAGCAUCUACAGAAGGGCCUAAUAUAGUUUGUAAAGCCUGUGGACUUUCAUUUUCAGUCUUUAGAAAGAAGCAUGUAUGUUGUGACUGCAAGAAAGAUUUUUGCUCCGUGUGUUCGGUCUUACAAGAAAAUCUCCGUAGAUGUUCCACUUGUCACUUAUUACAAGAGACGGCCUUUCAGCGCCCUCAGUUAAUGCGACUGAAAGUGAAGGAUCUCCGACAGUAUCUCAUCCUUCGAAACAUACCAAUCGAUACCUGUCGGGAGAAAGAAGACUUGGUGGACCUGGUCCUGUGCCACCAUCGGCUGGGCUCUGAGGACGACUUGGACACGAGCAGUCUCAAUUCCUCAAGGUCCCAGACUUCUAGCUUUUUUACACACUCAUUUUUUUCAAACUAUACAGCCCCGUCUGCUACUGCGUCUUCGUUUCAGGGAGAGCUUAUGGGUGGAGACCGGACCUUAGGAUCUGGAGCGCUGGCACAGGUACGAGGUGAAAUAGCUUCAGCAAACACAGAAGACGAUGAAGAUGACGAGGACGACGAUGACGAUGAUGACGAUGAUGAUGAAGAAAACUUGGAGGAGCGGACGCCUGGCCUCGCCAAGAAGAGAGUGAGAGCUUCUCUGUCUGACCUAUCAAGCCUUGAGGACGUAGAAGGGAUGAGCGUGCGCCAGCUGAAGGAGAUCCUGGCUCGGAAUUUCGUCAACUAUUCUGGCUGUUGUGAAAAAUGGGAGCUAGUUGAGAAAGUAAACCGGUUAUACAAAGAGAAUGAAGAAAACCAAAAGUCAUAUGGUGAGCGGCUGCAGCUGCAGGACGAGGAGGACGACAGCCUGUGCCGGAUCUGCAUGGACGCCGUCAUCGACUGCGUCUUGCUCGAGUGCGGGCACAUGGUCACCUGCACCAAGUGUGGCAAGCGCAUGAGCGAGUGUCCCAUCUGCCGGCAGUACGUGGUGCGCGCUGUGCACGUGUUCAAGUCCUGA